GCAUAAUAUAAUAAUGUCAUGACCCUCCACUACAUCUCUUUCCUUUUUCUAAAGUCACUUUUUUCUUCUCUUAUUACUAUAAAAAAGAGCCUAAAAAUUAGCACUAGAGAUAGAUCUCUCAUCACACUCUCAUUUUUGUUUCACUAUUUCUUCCUUUCUUUCUUUCUUUCUCUCAUCUAAAAAAACAUGGGUUCAUCAAGUUCAAAUAAUAACACAUUGAAUUUGGUACUAAUUUUAGUACUAAUAUUAAUGUUGAAUAACAAUAAUAAUAUUGGAUUUGUGUUAUCAUCAUCAUCUUCUUCAUCAAGUAGUACUAGUCUAGAUGGGGAUAGAGCUGAGUGUGCAGACAAGUUGGUUGGGCUUGCCACGUGUCUUCCUUACGUUGGCGGCGAGGCGAAGAAUCCGACUUUGGAGUGUUGUAGUGGGCUGAAGACGGUGGUGGAGAAGAGCAAGAAGUGUCUUUGUGUUCUUCUUAAAGAUAGAAAUGAUCCUAAUCUUGGCAUCAACCUAAACUCAACUCUUGCUUUGCAACUCCCCAAUGCUUGUCAUGUCCCUACUAAUAUUUCUAAGUGUGUUGAACUUUUGCAUUUGGCACCCAAUUCUUCUGAUGCAAAGAUGUUUGAUGGGUAUGCUAAUAGCCAUGGUUCUGGCUCUUUGGCUCCAAUUUCAAGUGAAAAUUCUACAAGUCAUGGAAGCACAAUUGCAAAUGACAAAAGUGAUAGUGGAAAAGGAAAAGGAUGGAAAGGAAUGGACAUAAUUUUGGGAACUUUCCUAUUUUUCUGUCCACAUUUAGUUAUUUACAUUUGAUAAAUAAAUAUAUAUUAUUUAUAUCUCAUUUACAAUUUUAUUUUAUUUUUGGGUAUUUUGUAUUUCUAUUUAAUUGUUUUGUUCUUCCUCUUGUUUGGUGAUCAUUUUGUAAAAGAUAUAUUUUUGUAGCAUUUACUUGAAUAAACCUAACCUAUUUGGGCAAAA